CUUUCAUGAUCAUUUUAACGAUGUUCCCGUUCUGUUUCAGGAAAGACGUACUGCCAGACGUGCAAGAAAAAAUGUUCCGGGGAAGUGUUGCGCGUCCAAGACAAAUACUUCCACACGCAAUGCUUCAAAUGCAAAGUGUGCGGAAAUUCGUUGGCGCAAGGCGGAUUCUUCUCCAAAGACGGCAGCUAUUAUUGCACGGCAGAUUACCAAAGGAAUUUUGGUACCAAGUGUGCCGCGUGCCAAGAUUAUGUCGAAGGAGAGGUUGUGACUGCAUUAGGAAAAACUUAUCAUCAAAGGUGUUUCACGUGUGCCAGAUGUCGGCAGCCUUUCCCGUCUGGUGAAAAGGUGACGUAUACCGGCAAAGAGGUGCUCUGUCCAAAAUGUGUUCAAAUACCAAUUCGCAACGCCACACCGAAAUCCAGUCCUACGACUAACAACGCAAACGAAUGUGCCGGUUGUAAGGAAGAACUGAAAGAAGGUCAAGCUCUGGUCGCGUUGGACCAACAAUGGCACAUCUGGUGCUUCAAAUGCGGCACGUGCGGUGUUGUGCUUCAUGGGGAAUACAUGGGAAGAGACGGGAUACCGUAUUGCGAAAGGGAUUACCAGAAGCAGUUUGGCGUUAAAUGCGCUUAUUGCCAGCGGUUUAUCAGCGGGAAAGUCUUGCAGGCCGGUGACAAUCACCAUUUCCAUCCGACGUGCGCUCGUUGCACGAAAUGCGGCGAUCCGUUCGGCGACGGCGAAGAGAUGUACCUGCAAGGUGGCGCCAUCUGGCAUCCGCGAUGCGGACCAGGCCCAGGCGAAGACGGAAGAACGCUGAACGGCAGCGGGCCGGACGCCAAUGGACAUCUCACGGAUACGGACGCCUCCUGCAGGGACUACGAUAGGAACAGCACUAGCGGGGCCAGCGAAUUGCAGUUUUCCAUGCGUUCCCGUACACCUAGUUUGAAUGGUUCAUUAUAUAGUCCUACGAGCAUGUCUAGAAAGCAUUACAGUUACCGUACCCCAUCGCCCGGGCUAAUAUUGAGAGAGCACAAUAAGUCGGCUACAUUAGUUGACGAUAUUUCUAGGAUAUACACGUAUAGUUACCUAACGGAGGAACCGACGUUAGGGUAUUUAAGGAGACCCAUCGAUCCGUAUGAUAAAGCGCCUACAUCACCACAUUUCCAUAGACCUACAUCACAGAACAGCCUUCGCGGCAGCGCUUGUGGCGCCGGUUGCGGCCGUCGAUCCGCGUCCCGUUCGGCGAUGCGCGCCCUGGUCGAUUCGAUCCGCAGCGAGACGCCUCGGCCGCGUUCCCCGCACAUGAACAACGAGGAACCCAUCGAAUUGGCGCAUUUCCCGGCCGCCAAGCCGCCGCAACCCGGCGAACCGCUGAAGAUCGAGAGGGACGACUUCCCGGCACCGCCAUAUCCGUACACUGAUCCAGAAAGAAGGAAAAGAUGGUCGGAUUCGUACAAGGGCGUGGCGGAUUCGGACGAAGACGAGGCGGACGCGACGAGUAAAGCAGUGGACGGUGACAAGUUGAAAAAGGAGGAAGAGGAGCUUAGCAAAAUUGCCAGCGGAAUAGGAAAAGUAUUUUUGAAAAACGUACAGGAGAGGGAGAAAAUAAAACAGUGGAAAGCCGCACAUUUGGAUCCUAGAAAUGCAUCAAGAACCCCAUCGGCGAACAAGGAACCUACCUAUAGAUUACGCUACGACAAUCCAAUAGGUGCAAGUCCUUCUAGGAAUUUGGACCACCCGAAGCCGUUCGACGACGACGACUUUGACAGGUCGCUGAGCUGUCGAUCUUCAGUCGGAAGAUCCAUCGGAGCCAUUCCCAAUUAUAACGUCGUGAGCGCCCUGCGGCAUGUUCCGAAGCCCGGAUACGGCCUGGCGCCCAGAUCUCACACGUUCAGUACCUCGGCGGGCAGUUCCGUACCGCAGAUUCCAGGCGAUUACUCGUUUAGCGGAAUGGGUGCUAAAACUCAUAGUACUGACUUCAGUUGCGGCAAGUCUGAUAUUUCCACUGGAUCCAUCACAGACGUCGAAAGGCGAGCGCUGAAUUCGGAAAUGCCCGUUUCGACGACGUACACGGGCGGCCUGGGGAGGUACCCGGGAGCUGGAGGCAUCAGCGUCGGGUACGCGUCACAAGUGCGACGCUCCCUGCCAAACAUGGCGCACUCAAUGCUGAUCAACGAGCCGGCCAAGAUAUACCCGUACCACCUGUUGCAGAUCAUCAAUUACAGGCUGCCGGCGGACGUCGACAGGAUUAAUUUGGAGCGCCAUCUGUCAGAUCAAGAAUUCGAAGCCCUUUUCCAGAUGUCGCGGACAGAUUUCUAUCGAUUGCCAAUGUGGAGAAGGAACGAAUUGAAACGUAGGCUUCGUCUAUUCUAAUCGCUUUGUUCACAUCUGAUAUUGCUUAUUUAUUGCUUGUGUACCAGAAAAUCAGCUGAUGAUAGGCAGACACCAAUAGCGUAGCUUUAUAGUCUGGUAAAAUUAGCUACCCAUUUUAUAGGAAGAUCGUUUGAUUUUGAAAUUACAAAAUUAAAUCAGUCCGAGUUGAUAUGUUCUUAUACAAUUAGCAAUAUUAGAAGUAGCAAAAAUAUAUUUUUCAUUUUAGUAUUUUUAAAAAUUUAAAUAAUUUAAAAAUUAAUGGUUCAUCAAAACAAUGCUAAUUCUACCGGACUAUUGUCAAAAAAUUAGAUGGCAGCGUCAUAAAACUACUCACAGUUCCUUAAAUCUUUGUUGACUUUUUUUUUUAAUUUAUAUUUUCGACUGUAACAACUUUUGCCAUAGACUAAGCUUAAAAGUUUUAUGAUAGACCAUUUUUAUUUGUUAAGAUUUUUAAUAUAAUGUUUACCUGUAUCUUACAAUCGUUUCAAAAAAUCAAAAUACUGUACAAUAGGUUGGCAAAAAAAGUUAUUAUAUUACAAAAUGGUUAUGAACAUUAUUUUUUUAGCAAGUAAGUGUACUUCUUAAUAUGUUAGAAAAAAAUAAUAAGUGGUAAGUGAAUCAGGAGAAUUGCUUGAAUAGUUACAAAAUGCUUUUUUUGGGCUAGUCGUAAUAUUGUUUGGUACAACAUUUAGUGCUGAAACGGUGUAUAUUUUUAUAUUUAUUUUAAUAUAUACUUAGGAGUUGGAGUGUUCGAAAAAUUUUAAUAACUUAAAAAAAUGAGUCAUAAAUUGUGUUACUGUGAACAUGAUUUUAAUCCGCCUUUUUGAUCUCCAUCUAGUAUUUCAAAUCAGAACAAAAAUUGAGCCAAGAUCAUAAAAAAACUAUAUAUUUUGCUGCUAAAACUUUCCUUGAAUCUACAGUAUCGAGUAAAAGUGGAGAAACAUUUUAUUUUUUUAAAGAUUUCCAACGAUUUUCUGAGGCGCAACAGCUUAAUAGUUUUGCAAAUUACCUAUCGGUUUAAAUUCAGCUGUUUUGCUAUGGUUGCUUGUUUAAUGCCUGAUCGAUAUUUUAUAAGAAUCAACUCUUUUAUUUACAAAUUCAAUGUAAUUCCUCUGGCCAUGUUUUUGAACUACACUUCACACCAAAAAAAUUAAAAAAUAACACCUAUUCUAAUAAACGACUAAAUAUAAACUAAAUAUUUACUCAUUGAACAAAAAACCGACCAUAUUAUAUUGAAGAAAAAAAGAAUCUAUACAAAGAUAAACAUUUCAUUAUCUUGAGGUAGUCAUACAUAAAAAACUUUAGUGUACAGUUUUGAGAUAGAGUAAAUUUUUCUGGAUUUUUAUUUGUAAUGUAAUAUUUUGCUCGGUACUGUAUACUGAAUUUGAGAAUGUAAAAAAAACUUGAAACGUCUAGAAUCACUACACAUUUCUAAUGUAAAUAAUUCUCGUUUUUAAAGUUUCGUGUUUUCAGAAUUUUUCGAACGCUUUGCUUUUUAUUGCAAUUUAUGUAUAAAUAGGAUUUUUUUUUGAAUAUUGCCAAUAAUAUAGGAGGCUUUUAUGAAGCUUAUGAUGUGGGAGAGAGCAAUAUAAAACUCUAGCAGUUAAAUGUUUGUUAUGUUUUUUAAGAUUCUUUCCGUCUGCUUCCAUUUCAAUUUCUAUUAUGAUACUCCACUUUCCCAUUUUUCACACAAUUUCAAGACAGUACAGGUUGAACAAAUAUGAAAGCACAGCUCCGAAAAUAAACAUUAUGAACAAACAACAGUGUUUUAUUUGUGAACCUUAAGCCGGAUUUUACUAAUCCGCGGCGAAAAUUUGCGCCUGUGGCAAAAAUUCGACCAAU